AUGCCUAGUCUGGAAAGAGAUACUUUAUUAGCUGAAUCAAAGACUAUUUUAAAAUCCGUGACAAAUUGGAAACCAGGUAAACAAUUCAAAUCAAAUGUUAUCCCGGAAACAAUCACCACAUCAACAUAUUCCACCACAAAUAUCAAAGAUAAUCAAUUUUGGUGUGCUCGAGAAUCAUUAAUCCCUUCAACUUAUAAACAAAAAGUCAUUGAUUGCCUAAUUGGUACUGCAAAUAUUGGAUCAACUCAUUCUGAUCAUGAAGUAAAUUAUGUUGAAGAAUUUGAUUCCCUAAAGAUUUCAAAUGUAACCGAGUAUCCCGAUGGUGGUUGGAGUUAUGAAUUACAUGCAAACUAUAAGUUUGGUACCAUUGGCAUAAGUAAUAGGAUGUUUUAUGAAUCGGUUCAUAUUUACAAAUUUGACAAGAGCAACCAAACUGAGGAAGAUGACAAAGACACCAAUUGUGCAUAUAUUAUAAGUGUGCCUAUAGAUGGUCCUACUGGAAAUUUUGUCAUUGGUAAAUAUCAUUCAAUUGAAAAAAUAUCAUGGAGUGAUAAUAAAGAUUCGGACUUGAAAUGGAUUAUGGCAACUACAUCAGAUGCUGGUGGAUAUUUACCUCGCUGGUUAACGAAUAUGAUUUUACCAGGAGCAAUUUCUAAUGAUGUACCAAGUGUAUUAAAAUAUAUACAAUAA